AUGGUUUCCUCGAAUUCUGAGUUUGAUUCUGUUCUCGAAACGUUACCUGUUGAUUUAAGGGACAAAGUUGGAACUUGGCUUGCACAAGAUAAGAACCCUGAGACUAUCAAUGAGGUUAUAAGAUUAUGUAAGGCCAAUAGUUUGAACGAACUACAUAAACGGUUUGAUAAUAGAAUACUAUUUGGUACUGCUGGUUUAAGAUCUAAAAUGGAGGCUGGUUUUAGCCGUAUGAAUACCCUGGUUGUGCUUCAAGCUACUCAAGGUUUAGCAACUUAUAUCAAACAGCAAUUUCCAAGUAAUCUUAAAGCUGUCAUUGGGCAUGAUCACAGGUACCAUUCAAAGGAAUUUGCCGAAAUUGCUACUUCUGUCUUCCUAAGUGCUGGAUUUACUGUUUAUAAUUUGAAUCCACCAGGUACUUUUGUUCAUACGCCAUUGGUGCCCUUCACAGUAGAUCAAAUUGGUGCAUCUGUAGGUGUUAUGAUUACUGCCAGUCACAAUCCUAAGAUGGAUAAUGGCUACAAAGUAUACUAUUCGAAUGGGUGUCAGAUAAUACCUCCAGUAGAUGCUUCAAUUGCAAAAUGUAUUGAUGAAAACUUGGAACCAUGGUCGAACUCCUGGGACUCCUCGAAAGCUAUUGAAGCAGGUUUAUCCAAUAAAAAGUUAAUAUAUUUGAGGAAUGAAAUGUUAUUAGCUUAUUCUGAUAAAGUUGAUAACAAUAUAAUUGAUAAAAAAACAAUAAGGGAGUUUGAUGAACAUAGAAAACCAUGGUUUGUUUAUACUCCGAUGCAUGGGGUCGGUUAUGAAAUAUUUACUUCUCUUGUAUUGGAGAAGGUGAAUUUGAAAGAAAAUAGGGAUUACUUGACUGUUAAGGAACAGAUUGUCCCAGAUCCUGCUUUCCCUACUAUUAGUUUCCCAAAUCCAGAGGAAAAAGGUGCAUUGGAUAUGGCAAUUGCUUUGGCAAAGGAGAAUGAUAUCUCUUUGGUCAUUGCCAAUGAUCCAGAUGCUGAUAGAUUUUCAGCUGCAAUUUAUAAUUCACACUCUGGAGAAUGGCAACAAUUGACAGGUAAUGAGAUUGGGUUUUUGUUCGGUUACUAUCUAUUUAACAAAUACACUAAUAUGGAUCCUGAAUUCAAAAAGAACCAUCCAUUAGCGAUGUUAAAUUCUACAGUGUCAUCCCGAAUGCUUAAGUCAAUGGCUGACACUGAGAAUUUUAAGUUUAUAGAUACAUUAACUGGGUUUAAAUGGAUUGGUAACAAGGCUAUUGACUUAAAGAAGGAGGGUUAUCAUGUAGUAUUUGGAUAUGAAGAAGCCAUAGGGUACAUGUUUCCCGCUAUGGAACAUGAUAAAGAUGGUAUCACUGCUAGUGUAGUAUUCCUUCAAGCUUAUUUUGAGUGGGACAAUUUAUCUAAAGUGACAGUUAUUGAUAUUCUUGAACAAGGUAUAGAAAAAUAUGGAGCAUUCAAAGAAUAUAAUGGAUACUAUGUUGUAAGUAAUCCUCAAGUGACUAAUGAUAUAUUUCAUUAUAUUAGGAAUGAAUAUCCUAAAAAUGGUAAUCAAUAUCCGAAAAUGAUUGGAACUUUAUUAGAAGUAUGUUCAUUCAGAGAUUUAACGACCGGUUUCCAGUCAGACACAGUUGAUAACAUCCCUUCACUUCCAGUUGACCCUAGUUCACAAAUGAUUACGAUAACUGCCAAAAUUUGUGAUGAUGAAUAUCAAAAGUCAGAUUCCAUUGUAAGGUUUACGAUGAGAGGUUCUGGUACCGAACCAAAAUUGAAGCUAUAUAUCGAAGGACAUUCAAAAGAUCCUAUAGCUGCAUCAAAAAUUGCAAAAUUAACAUGGGAUGUAUUAAAAAAAGAGUGGAUCAGACCUGAAGUCACUGGGGUGACAACAUCUUACUGA